GGCCGCAGGAUCCGGUUGGUGCGCGAGACCACGCAUUUCGGUCUUUCGAACAGCUGACCUCUGUGACACUGCCUACGAAAUGUUUGACGUCCUAGAGUUAUCAGUAGUAAUUCAAGACUCGCGUAGUAACUGUAGUCCGGCGGUGUAUACUUAUUAUAUCGCAAAUGUAUUAAAACAAAUGCUUCUUCUUCUUCUUCUUUCUUUUUGUGGUUUUUUUAACGCUUACACCUGCUAGCGAGGGGGAUUUGUUUUCCGACCGCGCUGGAAAUAUUACGAGCGGCUACGCUGUCCGGAUCCGCGAGCCACCACUCCUCCUCCGCCCGUGCGCGCAACAUCAAAGGGAGCGCAGACCGGAGAGACGGUGACGUCAGUCGGGGUUGCGUUUGGUGGGGGUUUCGCACUCCUCGAAGACAAAAAAAAUGGCGAUGCUCGGGAGCUUUAGCUCUGCUCAGCAGAAGAGGAAUACGUCAGACGGGAGAGAUGUUACGGAAUUCGUGUGUCCGGUGUGUCUUGAAAUCUUCGACAGCCCCGUAACCACCCAGUGCGGACACACAUUCUGCCAGAGUUGUCUGCAGGAGUGUCUGCGACCCCAGAAGCCAGUAUGUGCUGUGUGUAGGGCAGCGCUAGGCCAGUGGGCUAAAGCUACAGACUUAGAGGCCCUCAUCCACUCAUCUGUGGCAGGCUGCAAAGGAUGUGGAAUUCAGGUGGUGCUAGCUCAGAUGAGGCACCACACAGCUUCUUGUUCUAAAUACCAGGAGUACAUUGAGGAAGGAGUAAGGACAACUGCCCAGAGCCAGCCUGCCAUCAUGAGUCCAGUGCCAAAUCGCUACACCUUCUCCUGCCCUUACUGCAGUUGCCAGAACCUUGAUCAGGAUGGCCUGAUUGAACAUUGCACUACCCAGCAUGCUCGAGACACACGCCAAGUGGUGUGCCCUAUCUGUGCCUCAAUGCCUUGGGGAGACCCUAAUUACAGGAGUGCUGACUUCUUCCAGCACUUGAAAAUUAGGCAUACCUUUUCCUAUGACACCUUCGUUGAUUACUCCACAGAUGAGCACACAAUGAUCCAGGAGGCGCUACAGCGCUCCCUCAUGGAGAACUGAUUUAUGAAGAACAAUCCCCGAGAGCAGGAAGGGACAGGGUUAAGGAGAGAUAAUGCCACGGCAUCUUCCGAAGAUGUUGGAAAGCACUGUAGCAUCAAUAAGUCCAUCAAACGGACAGUGGUAAUCGGUAAUCAGUUUCACAGGGAAGUGAUAUUGUAACAAUGAAUCUAGAGAUUUCUUAUUAUUCAGAACAUAAACAAGGCAAUAUAAAAAAAGCACAAUGUGCUUAUUUAUUUAGGAGUAAUAUUGUGUUAUUGGUGUUUAAAAAACAAAAAACAA